UUCUAUUAUUCUUGGUCAAGUGGAGAGAUCUGCUUGAGUUGAAUAAUUGCUAUUUCAGUUUCAACUCGUAGCUGGGUAUAUGUAUACGACGUAUAAGUAACCUGAUUAAUAAUUACAGUUGCGGUAACGUAGAUUUUUUUUAAAUGCGCGACAGUGUGGGCAGAUUUCAAAAGGCGUUUCGGGGGAGCGGCUGUACAGCUGCCAUUUUGAAAUGAAAAUAAAUUUAAAAAAAUUUUUUGUACACUCAAGACCUGUGUUUAUGUAACCCUAAACUUUUUUUUACUAAUUAAAUUAAUACAAGUAUGAAAACAAAAUCCAUGAAAAUUUGAUUUUUACAGUAGAAUCCCCCCUUAAGAGAAAAAAUAGAUAAUAUUAUAAAUAAAUAAAAAUAAAGAAAAAAACAUAGCCAUUUAGCUGAUUUUUUCAUGUAAAGACCAAAAAUGGUGAUAUUUUGAAAUUGGGGGACAUCAGAAUUCGUUUUAGAGGUAUGGUUCCUUCGGCAAAGUUUCUUAUUUUGAUCCCUAUAAUACGAUUUUCAUAGAGCAAUGAGCGAUUUUUAAAUCGACCCGCCCUACUGUACAUGCAAUGCUGUGCCUAUGAAUGUGCGCUGUGCCUAUGAAUGCGCGCUGGAUUUCUUGAGAAAUUUUACCGUAUGUUUUGCUGUGGCGAGGCACAUAUGUACAUACAUACAUCAUAUAUACAUAUAUCCGCAUAUAUACAUACAUAUAUAAAUUCACAAAUUUAAAUUUGUACAUGCAAUGCUGUGCCUAUGAAUGUGCGCUGUGCCUAUGAAUGCGCGCUGGAUUUCUUGAGAAAUUUUACCGUAUGUUUUGCUGUGGCGAGGCACAUACACAUGGUAGAAAAAGUCUGCGUUCACCCACUGUUAUAAAGUAUUAAAAUAAUUUAACGUGUUUAUCUUAAAACUCUCAGUUAUUUCUUUUCACUUAUUUCAAAGAAAAUUAUUCAUAGAGGUUAUGAACAAAAUUUUUUGGAGUUUGAGCUGCGUCGUGUUGAGAUAACGGGAUUGUAGUACAGUUACUUAAAUAGGCUAAGCAGAAAAAGUGUGCGUUCAUUUCGAAUAGUGACGAUUAUUUGCAUGGCAAUUACGUUAAAUUUAAUUUUAAAUCAUUCAUGUAGUUGACGCGGUUAAGAACAAAUCUAAAGAGGGAAAAAUUGAUAUUAGAAAUACAUUUUUUGUUACUAUGGACCAAAGGCGAAAAGAAAUAGAUAUUGGUGAAAGGAAAAUCAUUGUAAGUUUGUGGCAAAAUAGUAAGAGCUAUCGGGAAAUCGCGAAAACUGUUGGGAGGCAAUACUCCUCGGCCCAAAGAGUGAUAAACAACUUCAAGCAAACGAAUUGUUUGGAGUCUAAGCCUCGUUCUGGGCGUCCAAAAAAACUGACGGAAAGAGAAGAACGCAACAUAACUAUUCUUGUGAAUUCUAAUCCACGACUAACAGCAAUCCGAAUUUCAAAAGACAUAGAAGUAAAAUACCAAAAGAAAGUACAUCCAGAUACAGUAAGAAAAAUUCGAAAAAGAAUCGGAUUUCAGGGCAGAGUGGCCCGAAAAAAACCCUUCAUAUCGCGAGUAAAUCGACUUAAGCGGAUGGCUUUCGCCAAGGAAUACGUAAACAAGCCACCUGAGUUUUGGAAUAGUGUGAUUUUUUCAGAUGAGGGCAAGUUUUGCAUUUUCGGGAUAAAAAGUCGUAAAAUUAUUUGGAGGAAAAACGGAACGGCACUUGGAAAGCAAAAUCUGGUACCUACGGUAAAGCAUGGGGGAGGAGGUGCCAUGAUAUGGGGGUGUAUGGCUAGUUCGGGCGUUGGAAAUAUGCAGUUUUUUGAGUCGAUAAUGAACAGACAUGAUUAUCUCGAUAUUUUAAAAACGAAUUUGAGAGAAAGUGCAAUCAAACUGGGACUCGGUGAAAGAUUUGUUUUCCAACAGGACAACGACCCGAAACACACAGCAGAGAUUGUUGGGUUGUGGUUGUUGUAUAAUGUUCCAAAACAACUUCGCAGACCCCCACAAUCACCUGACCUUAACCCCAUUGAGCACUUAUGGGACGUUCUAGAAAAAAAAAAUACGAGAGCGUACAAUAACUAGCAAGGAAAUGCUUAAGAACGCGCUUAAAGAGGAAUGGGAACCCAUAAGUCCAGAAAUAACAGCCAACCUAGUUGGAUCAAUGAAAAGACGCCUCCUAGAAGUCAUAAAAAGCCGGGGAUAUCCAACUAGCUAUUAAUUUUAAAACAAUUCUAUGAUCUUAAGCCUUUUAUUUUAUUAUUAUUGAAGUGAACGCAAACUUUUUCCGUUUACUUUGAAUGGCCUUUUUAAUUUUAUGUGAUCUCAUUUUAAAUUUGAUUUUGUUAUUGGUAGCGAAAUAUGUGUGAUAGUUACGUUUAAGUGAACUUGAUAAAACUCAUUAAAAAAAAAUUCUGAAAUAUUUAUUGUUUUGAACUUUUUCUAAUGCAAAGAACAUUUGCAUAGGUGAACGCAGACUUUUUCUACUAUGUGUAUGUACAUACACACAACAUAUAUACAUAUAUCCGCAUAUAUACAUACAUAUAUAAAUUCACAAAUUUAAAUUUGCUUAUACCAUCCUUCUGUGUGCCUGGUAAUGAAACAUUUGCUAUACAUACAUAUAUAUACGUAUAUCUUUUUUCUUUUUCUUUUUGGUGUCGCUUUUUUGUUUCACUUUUUCUCAAAUCACUCCCAACGAUUCUAAAGAAGUUUUCACUUCAAAAAUAUUUAAAAAAUAAUAAUAAGUGAAGUGACCAUUCCAAAUCAAAAAGUUUACCAUUCUCUACACCGCAAGAUGAAGCAACUACAUCAACAACUAUCGAAAACCCAAUGAGUCUUAUACCCAAGCAUGAUGUUACUGUUUUUGGUGUGUCUACUGAUUUAACUGAUCUUAAUUUACCAACCCAUCUGGAUAUCUUGAGAUAUUAUUGUUACUUAAGCGAACGUGCUAAAACAGAACAAAAAAAGUUUCCCCAUAAAUCAUUCACUAUUCAAGUACAAGAUAUGUUGAUUGGAAUUUGGGAAAAACUUGGUAUGGAAAUAAUGCUGAAAAAAAGUGUAUUUAAUAAAUUGAAUAAAUUGCUCGAGAAGAAACAACACCCAACAAUUUACAGAGAAUGUAAAAUCUCUGGAAACAAUUUCUUACAUUGGAAUAUGUAAAUGCGAUUUGAAGGCAGCUCCUUGUGCAUGCGGCUGGGUUCCCGAACGCCUCAAAGAGUUCAUGCACGAUCAACAUAAUCAGAGAAGACUAACAAUGGAUGCAUUUGUGAUGGAAACUGAAGAGCAAGGAGCAACGUCUAUGUCAUCAAUGCCAACAUACCAAGAUCCCGAUGAUUCAACAUACGCACCGCCACCGGUUCAAGAAGAUAUGGAUAGAAGCACAAGUUCACAAUACACAGAGAGAUACGAUUGUUUUAACUUUGCCUUGGUAUGUGACAGAUUUGGUGUGCCUGACAGAGUAGCAUCAGCAUUGGGAACCGCUCUUUUGCAAGAUUUUAAAAUUAAAGAUAAGCAUGGGAAACCUCUCAUCAUGGAUAAAUCGAAAGUUCGCAGAGAAAAAGAGAAAUGCAGACAAGAAGUGCUUCGCAAACGGUUAGAUCAUACCAAUUUGUUAGCGUUUUCAUUCGAUGGCAGAAAAGAUGAUACUUUAACGAUAGAUAAAAUUGAUGAGAAGUGUCAUACUAGGAUGGUAAAAGAACCUCAUCUUGUUAUUUUGAGAGAACCCAGUUCUGAAUUGAUUGGUUACGUAAGACUGGAACAUGAAACCGCUGAAUACAAAACAGCCAAAUUAAAUGGUUUUUUCAACGAUAAAAAUAUAUCACUGGAUGCAUUAAUUGGAAUAUGCACUGACGGUGAGCCAACAAACACUGGCCCACACGGUGGAAUUAUACGACGUCGAAUUGCUGUUAAAAAGACCAUUGCAUUGGUUCGUUUGCUUUCUACACUUCAACGAACCUCCGUUUUCGUUUCGAACCGGUAAUUCGAAACUUGUGAAACUCUUCCGUGGUGGACGGCUUCCAGAAAAUUGAGUUGCAAAAUAUGCCCCCUGCUCCAGAAAAAAUUGAAUUUUCCACCGAUUCGAAGUACUUAUACG